GGUUGGAUUUGGUUUCGUAGUACCGUAGUGUAACGUACCUUACUCGUAUUCGUAACCUGACAUCAAAAUCACAAUUCAAAUUAUGGGCGCAAAGAUCCUCAAUUGCACCUCGACCACAAUUAUCAUCAUCGACAACGACAACGUUCAAGGCAACAGUGAAAACGAUCCGAGGCAAUACUUGAAUCAUCAGUUUCGCAUGCAACAUUCAAAAGUAGUGACUCCGCAAACAACGAAACGGGAUAGCCCGCGUCAGCAAUCGCCGCCGCCGCCGGCAUCCCGGUGCUUCUACCCGUAUUGCAAUCCCUGGUCCAUUUUUUUUCAGAUGGGGCUUGCCGCCCUUGCAAUCGCUUUGUACCAGCUCUACUCGCGAUUUUACGAUUGGACACCGUGUAGCAGUGAUCCGCCGAUCAAUUUCGAUCGCGAUCCAAAUAGCUACCACUAUACGUUCCGGGACUCGUGCAAGCUCUUUUCUUCCGAGUACACAGAAGCCAGGGAAAAGUUUCGCAAUGCCGUUGUAGCCUUUGGCACCCGCCAGGCAAUUCAAGCAAGCGAGACCCAAAAGCUGAUCAACACAGAUGCAGUGAGAGAAUCGGGCAGCGCAGAGCUCGUCACCUUUCCGGUGGUAGUAGAUCUCGGCGGCGAAACUGAAAAGCUUUCCCUGACAAUAGAUAUUGCGGUCCUUCCCGGAAACACAAAAGAAUUGGGCACGAUUGUUCAUUCGUCGGGGGUCCACGGCAUCGAGGGAUACGCAGGGAGUGCUAUCCAGUUGGCACUGCUAGAAUUAUUGUCGUCCUCGCGAGCGACGGCAUCGUCCUCAGAUAGCAGAAGCGAUGAAAGGAACGAGAAUACCAUUCGAAAUGAUCUCCGGGAACGACCCACAAUUGUGAUGGUACACGCCGUAAACCCCGUUGGGAUGGCAGAAUUUCGGAGGUGCAACGAAAACAACGUGGACCUGAAUCGGAACGGAAUCCGCGGCGACACCGGCGACGCGUUCAAGGAAUUUCUGCGCAACCGGGAUCCGAACGUUGCGGGGUACGAUGAUUUCCGUCACUUGUUCGUUCCCGACACGGACGGAGACAGCCAUGGUGGCCCCGCUGAUCCUACACUCUCGCUGUACGAUACCACCGUUGGCUUUUUCGCCAAGGCAAUUCCCGCACUAUGGAAACACGGGUUUUCGAAACUAAAACGAGCCAUGGUGUCAGGUACGUGCUGCAUUUCGUCUUGCUCUUGGUUUCCUCGCUCCAACACACGACCCGAUAAAUCACUAAACAGCACAGUAAACGAAAUCUUACGUUUUGUACUCACAUCUAACGAGUGAACUCGCCAUAACUUUUGCUUGCAAUCUCGCAAUCCCCACCGAUGCGCACACCAAUUCGACUCGAUUCGAUUCGACUCGGCUCGACAAAUACCCCACUCCAAACACAGGGCAGUACCACGACCCCGGUGGGCUGAAUUACGGUGGAGAAGAGUGGCAGCCUUCCGUCCGGCGAUUGCUCGACUUUUUUGUGAAAGACCGCCCAGAAUUUUUCAGGGAUUCGMCCUCGGUGGUAUGGAUCGAUGUCCACACCGGGCUGGGGCCGUUUGGAAAGGAUUCGAUCCAAAUCUAUGGCCGCCGCGAGCAAGGUGAUCCUCCACCCAACACAGAGCGGGCAUUGGCGGACUACUAUACGGCGGCCCACAGCGUGUCGAGCGACGAGGACAUGUUUUCCAACCAAGCCUUUACCGGCUACGAGCUUACCAGGGGCAUACUCAUGGAGUUUCUUGCGGAUGCCUACCGCGAUCUGGUGGAAAGCGGCGAGGGGGAAAACGGGCGCCGCGGUGGUGGCGCGAGGGCGGGGUUUUUCAUGUGGCAGGAGUUCGGGACGCUGCCGGGGACCCUCGUGGGCCGGGCCCUUAUCCUCGACAACGCGCUCUACCAACUCUACAAGCGAAGGCCCGAGACCGGCGGAGAAGAAGCCUUUUCGUACCGAUCGCCCUUCCUGAAGCAAGCCUUUUAUCCCCAAUCGACGGAAUGGAGAAGCUCGGUGGUUCGAAGAGGCGUGGCCUUGUUUUUGCAAUCCGUCGAAUUCACCAAGGCAAGGAGAAACGCACGCGUUGUAAACCAACACAAGCACAAUAUGAAUCCAUAGAACGGAGCUACCAUGUCGUAAUUGCUUUGGAAUAACAACAUUAUACAGCUUUUGAAAGUCCAUCAUGCUUCCUUAAUGGCAGUACUGGUCACAUGUAAUGCACCAAAACUGUGAAUCUUCUGUCAAAUGCAACUCGUACGUAUUGCAUCUGUUAUUUCUCUUACUGUACAAGCGUAAAUAACAAAAAUUUUAYGAA